AGAUGAAAAUGUGUGUGUGGAGGUGGGGGUGAAGGUUGGGGUGUAUAAUGUUUUUCGUAGACCUUUAUAUGCCACACAGAGCGUCAUGCAACUGCUGCUGCUGCUGCUGCCGUAUGGCAAGACAAUUUUAAUGCCACAAAAUUUUAAUUGAGCUAAUCUGAAAAACCACAGGCUGCUCCUUGGCUAACGAGCCAGAUGUCAGUUGGCUUGUCUGUCUAAUUUGCCAGCAUACACAUGUUGCACGUUGCAAGCGCAGCCAGUGAAGUGAAGUCAAGAGGCAUUAGACUGAACAUAAUGAUAAUUGCUUUCUCGAAAAGAUUAGCCAAGUUGGCCAUUGAAAAAAUGAAAGUUCGGUCUGUCAGUUUAUUUCUACACUGGGUUACAAAUAGAUCGAAUACUGGAAAGCUAAAGAAAAUCACAAAAAAUGGAUGCCGAUGAAAGCUUCUUAAAUCAACGUUCAUUGAUUAUGGAUGUGAUGCGGCAACUGGAUGAUCUUUUGAAUGCCAACAAAAUGGACACUGGCACCAAGGGCAAGGAGGAGAAAAAACCGGAGGUUGACCAUUCAGAAGGUGUGACAGAUACCAGUUUUGUAGUGUUCUUCCGGGAUAUUCGCAAGAAAUCUUCCAGACACUUUAAAAAAAUACAAAAGAGCUCCAAUACCAAUCAAAUCACCUGUAUGCGACAGAUCGACACAUCACCAAAAGAUCGUGCAGAAGCACGAAGAGAUCGUGAAGUGGUUGCAGAUAGUUUUCGGAGAUUGGGCAACGAGGAAUACCGCCGAACUAACUUUGAAAAGGCCAUUUAUUAUUACUCAAAGGCUAUUCAAUACGUGUCCGAUUCGCCAGUACUUUAUUGUAACCGUGCCCUGGCUAAAAUCAAAAAAAGAGACUUUAAACUGGCUCUUUUUGAUCUAAACUAUGUGAUCUUCAAACUGGAUCCUCUACAUUUAAAGGCCUGGCUUUAUAGAGCCGGAGCUCUGGCUCGUCUAAACAAUGAGGCCGAAUCAAACAUUGCCAUUUCCAAUGCUCGUCUAUUCAAUAGAGCGCCUAAAGACCAAAAAUACAUAGAAUACUUCUUGGAAAAACUAAAAACUGAAUUCUAGAGCCGGCAAUUAUAUUGUUCUUUAUUAUUGGAUUUUAUGAUGAAUGCAAAUUGCAAAUCAGUUCUGUUGUAAUUCGUUUUAGAAGGCAAUAAAAGCAUAUCAAAAAUUAA